UGUCACACUCCAGUUACCAGUAAAGAUGUCAACAAUGACUCGAAUAAUAAUAUCUGUUACUAUUAUCUCAGUGGUGGCCAAUUCGGUUUCCGGAUUUGGUCCUUUUGAUUUCGAUUCACACAGCAACUACCAUCCCAAGUAUCUAAACGAUUAUCAGUUUAAAGGCCUCUUCAAACCACAUUUUGGCGGUUCAUCUGUUGGUGAAGACAGCUUCAGUAAGGGAAGUAAAGGUUUGAGUGGAAACCAGUUCGUUGCGCAGCAUGGUGUAGCUGGAGAAGAUAUUAAACACGGAGAUUCCGGUGUUUACAAAGGAGAAGGUGCUUUGAAGGGUUUGAAAGGUGAAUCUGAGUAUUAUUUUGACAGCGAUGGCGUAAAGAAGGAACACAACGAUGGGAAAGAGUACUAUGGAGGACAUCAUUUUGGAAAUGAAGCUAAAUCAGAAGACGAAAAGGCUAUUAAACAAGGUCACCGAAAGGGCCAUAAAGUUACAGGAUUCUCGACCUCUCACCAUAACGACGAAACGGGAAAAACUGAAGAAUAUUACGACGAAGCCCAUGAUGAAGCAGGCAGUGAAGCUUUCGAAGGAAAAUCUGGGGGUUUCGGAGAAGCUGGAAAGUCUGCUUUCAAAGGAGAACACCACGAUGGGGGAUUUAAAGGGGAAGAGGUGAAGAAGGGAGUACAUUUCGAUAAAGGAUCUGGUGUUCAUGAAGUCAGUAAAGAUGAAAAGCAUUUUGGAGAGGCUAAGUUUGGAGGAAACGAUAAGACUUUUUCUGAACAUAAAGUACUUGACAAUGGAGGGCUCAGUGAAUAUAGUGAAUCUGAUAAAUAUGUAAGACAUCAUCCAGAAUUUUAUAUUUAAUGUACUAUAGUAAAUAAAUUUAUUAAUUACGAUUGUA